AUGGCACAAGAACAAGAAAUGGUUUAUGCGAUCCAUCCUUAUCAAGCUAGGCGUAAUGAUGAGAUAGAUUUUGAUUAUGGAGAACCUAUAAUUGUUAUCGAAAAAGAUGAUAUGUAUGGGGAUGGUUGGUGGAAGGGACAAAAUAUACAUGGAAAAAUUGGACUUUUUCCUAUGAGUCAUAUCAAAAGUUAUAAUAGCACUAAAUUUGAUAAUAUUCCUAUUAUAUCAAGUCCUGAACCUUAUAAAAUAAAUGAUGUAAAUUCCAAAGAAAAUAUUUCAAAUUCAAAUCCAAAUUCAAAUUCAAAUUCAAAAUCAAAUUCAAAAACAAAUUCUAUUAUUAAUGAUACGAUAGAAGAUUUACGAAAUAAAUUACAAGUAAUGAUAAAUUAUAAUAGUGAAGGUUCUUCAAACAGUAAGAGAAGCUCAAAAAAAGGUUUUUCAAGAAGAUCAAGAUUAUCUACUUCAACAGAGAGUACAAGUAGUUAUUUUUCUGCUAGAAUAAAUUCUGAUAUAAGUUCUUCAAGAAAUUCUUUAUAUCAACACUCUCAAAUGAUUUAUGAUCCCACUUCUUUAGAUGAUGAUGAUAAUAAUAAUGUAAAUAAUAAUAUUAAUAUUAAAGAUCAUCCAUCAACUUGGGAUGUUCAUCAAGUUUGUCAAUGGUUAAAUGAAAAUGGUUUUAAUUCUGAAACAAGGAAAUUUGUUGAAAAUGAUGUUACUGGUGAUGUAUUACUUGGUUUAGAUAUAGUGGCUCUUAAAGAAAUAAAUAUUAAUUCUUUUGGUAAGCGUGUUCAUUUAUUGAAUACUAUCGCUUCAUUAAAAGAUCAAUAUUCAAUAAAUAAUGAUGAUCAUGAUAUUGAUAAGACUCAAUCAAAAUCACAAUUUGGGGAUUCUGAUCUUAGUGAUAUUCACUUCAAUGAUACUUUAUCAGAUUCACAACAUACUUCAGUUAGUAAUAAUCAACUAAAUAAUCGUAAAAGUGAUAUUAGUCCUGCAAGUUAUUACAACGCUCUUUCACCUUUAGAAAAAUCUGAAAAAUCUGAAAAAAAGGUACCUAAGAAAUCAAGUCUAACUUUCUUAAAAUUUGGUCCUUUCGGAAAAUCAAAUAAAGAUGAAAAAGCAAAAAAAUCUGAAAAAUCUGAAAAAUCUGAGAAAUCUGAAAAAUCACGUCCAUCCCUUUCAGGAGGUUGGGAUUUCUUUUUGGAUGAUGAUACAAGAGAAUCGGAAAAAUUAAGAAAUGAAGAAAGAUCAAAAAAUAGAAUUCCUUCCAUAUUAUUUGAUGAAACAAUCUCUACUUCUUUGUUUGAGCCUGAAAAAAAUUCUUCAUUGAAAUUUAUUCCAGGAAGAAAAAAGAAAAUUUCUUCUUUGGACCGAAAAGGUGUAGUUGGAAGUCAAUUGGGUCUUCCCAAAGAUUCAUUAGAUAAUGUAGAAAAGAAUAAUUUAGGAAAAAGAGAAAGCAGAGUAAACAGUUAUUAUUCCGAACAUAUUAUUGAUUAUAUCAAUACAAAUAAUGAUGUAUUAAAAAAAAUUGGUAUACCAGAUCAUGAUGGUUGGUUAAAAAAACAAGGUGACAAGUAUAGAAAUUGGAAAAAUCGUUUUUGUAUUUUAAAAGGGUCGACUUUCUAUUACUUAAAAGGUGACAAGUCGUUACAAUCAGUAAAAAUAAAGGGUCAAUUUGAACUUACGGGGUAUAAAGUUAUUCCGGAUGAAAAUGUAUAUCAGGGAAAAUAUGGAUUCAAAUUACUUCAUGAUACGGAACGCCCUCAUUUCUUUGUUCAUGAAGAUUUGGAGAUACUGAGAGGUUGGAUGAGAGCUAUAAUGAAAACUACUAUUGAUAUAGGCAAAACAGUCACUAUUACUACAUCAGAUCAUAUUCCAACAGUUUCAUUACAUGAGGCUCGUAAAAUGGCGAACCGAAUGCAUCAACCACGUCCCACUCCAUCUCCGCCAAAUAUAUUAAUAGACAAUUCUACCUCUCUACCAUCAAUUUCAACAUUUUCGAAUUUACCACCACGUUCUGCUCCUUCUCCGCCAAAUGUUUUAAUAGAUAAUUCACUCUCUUCUAAUAUAUUUCCAUCAACUUCAACAUUUUCGAACUUACCACCACGUUCUGCUCCUUCUCCGCCAAAUGUUUUAAUGGAUAAUUCACUCUCUUCUAAUAAAUUUCCAUCAACAUUUUCGAAUUUACCACCACGUCCUGCUCCUUCUCCGCCAAAUGGUUUAAUAGAUAAUUCACUCUCUUCUAAUAUAUUUCCAUCAACAUUUUCAAAUUUACCACCACGUCCUGCUCCUUCUCCACCAAUAUCUGAAUAUAAAUUAAUUACUACGAUACCAUUAUCUUCACUACCUAAACCUAAAGCACCACCAACAGGUGCUCCUCCACCUCCUCCAACUCAUCCAUCUCCUCUUCCUGAACAUGAUCAUUCGUUAUUACGUAAAUUAAAUAUAUCCCCACCACCCCCUGAGCAUGGUCAUUCGUCGUCUCAUAAAGUUAUUAAAUCGCCACCAUCGUCACCAACUUUUGCAUCACGUACAAAAUAUUCAAAAUCACAAAUUCCAAAUUCACCUACAAAAAUACCAAAAUUUCCUUCAAUGACAUUAUCAAUAUUAAAUGCGUCUAGAACUCCUCCUUAUAUUCCAAAAAAUAACAAAUAUAACGAACUUUCUAUGGGAUAUGUGUAG